AUGGGCCUCAUCACAUCCCAAAAGCAGUCUCGAGAGCUGUUCAAGCCUUAUGAUCAAGAGACGAAGGAGGCCCUUGCUAAGAGGUACACGCCGGAGCAAAUUCGUGCCAUCGAAGCUGGAGAACAGGCAAUCGAUCCCCAGGACUUGAAUGAACGGGGCGUCAUACGUACGGAUUGGGGGAGUCUGCCAUACCUUGACGAUUUCAGUGUCAUCCGGCCGUCCAUAGACAGGAAGCCUAGAUCGGAGGCACCGGUAGAUCCCAAUAUGAGGCUGAUGACCGAGAAGGAGAUGGUGGAUGAGAUGCGCAAAUAUGACAUGAAGAUCAUGAAAGAACACCCGACAGCACCUGAUUUUAAUUUCGAAGAUGAGGCAAGUCGCAGUACGGUCCGCCCAAAUCGGAUUGACAUGUUCCGAGCAAUAGACGAAACUCCAGAGUUUAUAGGGAGUAAUGGGCCCGUCGUGAGCGAAAGCGCGCUUGCGCCAGGCGUUCGCAUGGACUUCGAGGCUGCUAUGGAUGAUUCCGAAUCGAGCAAGGAGAAAGAUGCCGAAGAAGACGAGAGAGAUCCAGAUGGAGUAUUUGAUCGCCUUCGGAAACAAACUGGCCUCACUUUGGAUCAGAUCCGAAGCUAUCAGGUUAAGGUCCUGGUCCGACAUCGUGUUGUGAAUCAAACCCGAUUGGGCAAGAUCCAAAGCCAGUACUGUCUCGCAAUUGCUGGAAAUGGGAAUGGAAGAUUAGGGCUUGGUGAGGCGAAGGGCCAGGAACCCGAGGACACGCAGGUCAACGCCCGGAUCCAAGCUAUCAAGAACAUGCAGCCAAUACCGCGAUAUGAGGAGCGCACUAUCUUUGGGGAAGUAGAGGGGAAGGUAUCUGCCGCGGAGGUUACGCUUAUGGCCAGACCACCAGGAUUCGGCUUACGCUGCCAGCACCUUAUCUUUGAAAUGGCGAGAGCUGCAGGAAUCCAAGACCUGUCCGCAAAGGUUCCACGAUCCCGAAACAAGAUGAAUACGGUAAAAGCCACAUACCAGGCGCUCAUGAAGCAACGGAUUCCGGACGAGGUCGCGCGGGGGAUGGGGAAGAAGUUGGUUGAUGUACGGAAGGUAUAUUAUGGAGGCCGUGUAUAA